ACCCUGUGGAUGCAGGUGCCGUUCACCGGGAAUAGGGGACCGGAAUGGAGUCUAUUUCUAAGCAACCGCUGGUAACGUCACCGCUGGUCGAAAGAACUGUUUAAAAUCAUUUCACUACAAUGUACACGGGCAAAGAUCAUGGAAUGACGAUGGGACUUUCCCUUUUUUGAAGAGAGGAGUAAAGUAAAACUGUCCUUGACAACGACUAAUAAAAGCUUAAAUGGCAUCCAUGUGCAAAUGCUGCAGGAAAAACGAGAGAGUCCAUGAUCUGAUUCAAGUUAGAGAAGCCCUAAAUGUCACCCCACAGCCAGAACAGCCACAAGAAGAGGUGGCAGAACAAUAUGGAUGCCUUACGAGAUUUCUCAUAUAUGGUCUACUAGGAGGCUCUGUAAUGAUAAUUCUAGUUGUGGUGUUAUCAGUUGCAUUGACUUUGGAAAAUUCAAAAGAUCUAUCAAAACAAAGAGAUGAACUGCCAAUAAACAAGUCGUUAGAAUGGUCAGAAUGGGGAGUAUGCAGUAGGACAUGUGGCAAUGGUACUCGUACCCGCCAGCUUGACUGUAGCACCACCACAGGACCUUGUAAUAGCAGUAUCCUCGAUACACAGGAUUGUAAUAACUAUGUGUGCCCAACAGACUUUAGUCAGUGGGGCCUUUGGUCAUCGUGUAGCGUAACAUGUGGAGGAGGGUUGCAAGAACGUAAUAGGACAUGUAUUGUUGAAGUCUGUUCAAAUGCCAGAAAAGAAAUCAGAGCUUGUAACCAACACCAUUGCGACUUUAGUCCUUGGAACCUUUGGUCUUCGUGUAGCGUAUCAUGCGGAGGAGGGUUGCAAGUACGUAAUAGGACAUGUACCAAUCAAGACUGUUCUGGGGUAAGACAAGAAAAAAGAGUUUGUAAUGAGCAAACUUGUGACUUUAGUCAGUGGAGUCCUUGGACUUCAUGUAGUGUGACAUGUGGAGAGGGAUCUCAGUCGCGUAUUCGAAUAUGUAGGAUUCAGGCAUGUUCAGGAAUCAGUGAAGAGAACAGAGCUUGUACUCAGCAACCUUGCGAGUUUGGUGAUUGGGGCCCAUGGUCUACUUGUACUGCCUCCUGUGGGGGAGGUUGUCAGUCGCGUAAUAGGACGUGUAUUGUUCAACAGUGUUCAGGAAUCACACAAGAGAACAUGAUUUGUAAUGAACGAUCUUGUGAAGGAAAUUUAAUUUGUUCAAGAAAAACUCUCAAUAUCUGUUCAAGCUACCUAAAAACCUGGAAAGUUAGGGAACUGAACCCAGCUUACAUUACAUUAGAUAGGUGCACUCUUGAUGAUAUGUCUGAUGUGUCAGAAUUAUUACUGCUAGUUGGCCGAUCAGAAAAUAUCGAUGACUAUGGAAAAUACGAAGUCGUCAAAGUAAACACGUGCGCUGCGCGAAGUUGUGUUGUUCCUUUAGCUUCCCCAUUAUCCAAGCUGUAUAAUUUAUCAAGUAAGCCAUGUGAAAUCAUUGCUCAGGGUCUUGUCAAAUUUGACAAUGUAACUCUGACGCACUGGUGUACGUUGACUUGCCAUACACAAUCGGGUUCCUUGGGAAGUAUUCUGGCUCUACGAGCUACGAAUAUGAUAAUUGAUAGCACUUCACAGAUAGAUGUCACUGGAAAAGGUUUCAUUGGAGGAAUUGGAGGAGGCACUGACGGAAGCGGAGGUCAUGGAGGAGAAACUUUUAGAUGUCAACGUGGAUAUAUUGGAAAAGGGGGAAAUGGUGGUCAGGAUGGAGGAGGAGGAGGAGGAGCUGGGGACGGUAUGCACAAUAUACAUAUAUGUUAUUUACCAGCCAGGAGGUCCGGAUAGGGACAAACUGUGCCCGUGGUCUUGAAUUUAAGAACCGAGGCCAUAUCUUUUUUGUUGUUGUUGUUGUUGUUUUUUUUGUUUUUUUUUUGUUUAGCGGCAAAGGAUACCGGAUCGCGAGCGCGGGCAGAUAUUAACAAAAUACCGCCCGAUCAAACAGCCAAUCAGAACGCACGAUUUUUUAGGAUACCGGACCGGRAAAAAAUAAUUAAUAAUACUUAUAUACGCGCAUUACAAACUAAAAUAGAAAUAUAAAAAUAUGAAUUACGAUCUAAAAAACAUACCAUGUAGGCCCKUUGCAUCAGCCCCAAAGCAGUGUAACCAGGAGGGCAAGCAACGAACUAGCAAGAAUCUCRAGACAUCUAUGUUCGAUGGCAAAUCGGGUUUUCGGAAGCAUGACAAAAAAUGAAGCACUUGAUCAUGGGAAAGGAAGCUUAGCUGCAAUAAACUUGAUAAUUUAUAGCGGUAUCUAUGCMCAGCACAUCAUUUAGCAAAAGCGUUUUUCUUUUGAUUUCAAGGUUUACAGUUUGGAGGUCCAGGAGGCGAU